AGCGCGGAGCGGCGACGCGCACCGAGCGACGUUCUCCACGGGCGCGGGGCGGCCCUUCACGGCGCGUCAUAUUUAGGACAAUGAUCCGGCGAAGGGACGGGCUCGCGGACGAAGCGGCGAGGACGUAGCGCGUGCUGUACGCUGCCGUAUUCGAAAUUCGAAACCCGCCUCGAUUCGGCCGUGGCGUGGCGGAGCCAUCGUGGCGAUACUAAUAUGCGAUGUGCUAGCACCGCUGCUACAUGACGUAAGUCACGUCACGGGCGAGUCGGUGCGAGUUCAGUGCGGAAUGGGCGGCGGUAAAUAGAGACGAGCGAACGCGGCGAGUUCACGUCAUAUUUUGCGACGCGGCGGCCGCCGCGAUCGAGCCACGUCAAAACGCACGCGGGGGACUGUGACCUGAAGAAGUGGCCGGGGAAUGGCGAGUCUGACGAGGAAGAUGUGAGCGAAACGCAUGUUCGAGAAUUUAUUGUGUCUGCGGCACGAGAGACCGAGACUGAAAGAAAGGGGGAGGGAGAGAACAUCAGCCAACGUUUUAUCUGUAUUCCCACGAUUUUUAUGAAUCUGCCUGUGCCUCGGUGAGAGACGGACGGACAAGAGAGCGGGAGAGAGAGAGAGAGAGAGCGUCAGACGUGGACAGACGGGAAGCGAGAGAGCGGAAGAGCCAGCGUUGAAAAUGUCAUUUGAGGGGAAAUACAACGCGAAGAGCCCAGCGGUGAAGCGAUUAAUGAGAGAGGCACAGGAACUACACGAGGCUACCGAAGAGUAUUGUGCGUAUCCUUUGGAGGAUAACUUGUUCGAAUGGCAUUUCACGGUACAAGGACCACCGUCUACAGAUUUUGAAGGUGGUGUAUACCAUGGGAGGAUCCUACUACCACCAGAGUAUCCCAUGAAGCCACCAAAUAUCAUCUUGUUAACGCCAAAUGGACGCUUUGAGAUCAACAAAAAAAUCUGCCUGAGUAUUUCUGGCCACCAUCCUGAGACGUGGCAACCAUCUUGGAGUAUUAGAACAGCAUUGUUAGCUUUAAUAGCUUUUAUGCCUACACCAGGAAGUGGUACCAUAGGAGCUUUAGAUUACAGCACCGAAGAACGACAAAAACUAGCUAAAAAGUCACUGAAUUGGCAAUGCGAUACAUGCGGUAAAGUAGUGGACUUGUUGUCCAAGAAUUCUGUAAAAAAGCCCAUCACCGAGGAAGAAGAAACCAUGUUGAAAACCAUCGCUCUGAAGGCAGACGACUCACCUAUUUUGGACACGUUAUUUACGGAUAGUAACACAGAGAGCGUAUCCGAGAGCGAAUUACGGCAUCGUAACGUGGAGACGAAUUUGUCGGAAAACUUAGACCGCCAACAACCUGAUAUUAUUUUAAAUCCUGUAGAGACAAUGUCUUCUUCGAACGAUUUGUUUUGGAGUAUACUUAUUGCCUGUUUAGUAUCGGCGAUUAUUCUCUUGAUACUCCGACGACUAUUUCUCGUUUAAUUUAUUCGUAUGUAUGUAUGUUGUGUUUGCAUGUAUAUACAUAUAUAUAUAUAUAUACAUAUAUUGCGCAUGUAUAUAUGCAUACUAUAUACAUAUAUAUAUAUAUAAAUAUAUAUAUAUAUAUAUAUGUAUGCGUUUGUAUAUACAUGCAAUAUAUAUGUAUAUACAUACACCACGCGCGGCGAAUGUGAUGUUAUUAAAACAAGGUAAAUUUUAUACAUGUUUUGUGGAUAUCGUUUCUAAGCUUACGGAAACAAUCGGAUUCAAACGAUGCACGUAUAUGUAACAUAUUGCAGACUAUCUGCUUCUCAUGAAGAAUGUAACACAUGGCGAAAGUAAAUAAGUAUUAAUAUAUGUUAGUACAUGUC